AUAAUACCAACUUGUCGACUUUCAUUCCGGUCAAAAUGUCUAAACUACAGUUGCUGAACGUGUAUGUUACUGAACGACUAACAGCGGCUGUUGCAGAGAUAUCCGUGGCGGUCGACAGAACAGUAGUAGAGUUGUAUGAAGAAAUCUCCCGUUCUAAGGAGGAGAAUAACCGUCUGCGAAGGCUGUUGGAUUUGGUUUUCAACCCGGAGAUAAAGUUACACAAAGCAGAUGCCCAGCAGCUCACUCUCCCCAUAUCUGAAGAGGAGGUUCCCCCUGAGCAGCAGCACUGUGAGCAGGAGUGGAGCCCCAGUCUGAUUCAGGAGGACCCAGUGCCCACACAGAUUAAAGAGGAACAGGAGGAACUACAGACCAGUCAAGAGGAAGAUCAGCUUCUAGGGACCUUUGAUACCAAAGACUCCAUAUUCACUUCUCCCUGUGUGGAAAGUGACUGUGAUCAGGAGAACCCAUCUCAGCCCUCACAUCUACACCAAACCCAAACUGUGGAGGACAGAGAGAGGGACUCUCUACUCACCAACACAUCUAUAGAGAUCAAACUAGAACCUGAUGUGGAGGACUACAUAGUAUCAGAACCAGCCAGUGACUCUCAGCCCCUCUCUGCAGUAACUCCAGACUGUUCUGCAGCUCAGAGUGAAAACAUGGAAAGUGAUGAUGAGGUGGAGAGUAGAGGACAACAAUCAGGGUCUUUGACACUCGAAUCAAAGAGAAAACAGAUUGAGAAUGAAGAAAGCUGUCAUACCAAUGCUGGAGGCAGGAUGGCCACAAUGUUGCCCCGUUUGACAUCUAGUCAAAUUUAUUCUGCUCCUUAUUGUUGUAAGGUUGCCACAGGCCUGAACCAAGCUAAUACAAGAGGACGUCCAGCUGCUGACGCCUUACACCCUCCAAAGCCACCCAAAGUGGUCCGUACUGGAGUUACUGAUGAUGUCCGCACGGAUCAAAUUGAACACUGGCCAGUGAAGUGUGAGACGCGGGGUCGCUGCAAAGUCUGCCAGAAAAAUGUAACGAAUACCCUCUGUCAGAAAUGUGACGUAAGACUGUGUUUCACUUUUGAGAGGAAUUGCUACAAGUUGUACCACAUGCCUUAGUGCAAGAUGUUUACGAUGCAGGAAUAAUUACACACUGACACGAUGAACAACUUGUUCAAUAUAUAUGAUGCUUCUUUUGGAACGUGGAUUUCAGAAGUGAUGAGUCCGGCUUCAUGAUUAAUGUUUAUAUUUCGAUGGUUUUAUGCCAUUGUAUUGCUAUUGUUGUAUUUAAACGCAAUGUUACACAUUGAUACACACACACUCUCUCUCCUGUCUUUAUCAGAGUUGAAUAUGUUAUGAAUUAUUAUUGAGAUUUUGUGUAUUUAUUAAGAUUUUGCCAUUUCUUUUGCAAUUCAGGACUUAACUCAGGGUUAUACUUGGUUCACAUUGAAAUAGAGCUGUAAGAUUUGAUAAACUGAGUGGUUUCUGUGUUUUGUAUUUAAAAGAGACAUGUUACAGUAUAAGUCAUAUGUUAUUUGGGUCUCCUAAUCACAGCUUCAUGUUCAUGCAAGGACAACUGGGUCUGGGUAUCUAAGGAUUAAAUGUCAUAUGAGAACUCAUACAAGGGAGAAAUAAUUUAGGUGUCAACAAUGUGGAAAAUCAAAUCAAACUUUUUGUCACAUGCACCGAAUACAACAAGUGUAGACUUUACUGUGACAUUCUUAUUUACAAGCCCUUAACCAACAGUGCAGUUCAAUAAGGGUUAUGAAAGUAUUUGCCAAGUAGACAAAAGUAAAAUGUAAUAAUAAAAAGUAACACAAUAAGAAUAACAAGGCUCUAUACAGGGGACACCGGUACCGUGUGCAGGGAUACAGGUUAGUUGAGGUCAUUUGUACAUGUAGGUGGGGGUGAAGUGACUAUGCAAAGAUAAUAAACAGAGAGUAGCAGCAGUGUACAAAAAAGGGGGGGGGUGAAUGUAAAUAGUUUGGUAGCGAUUGAAAUGUUCAGCAGUCUUAUGACUUGGGGGCAGAAGCUGCUGAGGAGCCUCUUGGUCCUAGACUAGCACUCCGGUACCGCUUGCCGUGCGGUAGCAGAGAGAACAGUCUAUAGCUUGGAUGACUGGAGUCUAUGACAAUUUAUGGGCUUUCCUCUGACACUGCCUAAGCAAAGGUAUAUACUGAACAAAAAUAUAAAUGCAACAUGUGUUGGUUCCAUGUUUCAUGAGCUGAAAUAAAAGAUCCCAGAAAUGUUACACAAGCACAAAAAGCUUAUUUCUCUCAAAUUUUGUGCUUCAAUUUGUUAAGAUCCCUGUUAGUGAGCAUUUCUCCUUUGCCAAGAUAAUCCAUCCACCUGACAGGUGUGGCAUAUCAAGAAGCUGAUUAAACAGCAUGAUCAUUACACAGGUGCACCUUGUGCUAUGGACAGUAAAGGCCACUCUAAUCUUAAUUGUCAAGGUAAUGGGUGAUUUAAACUUAGACCUCAAUAGACGUCAGGACCUUGGCACCUUACCACUGUGAGCGAACCGACCAGAGCUGCAUUUGUUACAUUUUAUUAUCAGAGUGUGCCAGUGGACUGCUGCUUUAGUGAGAGUGUUUCUUGUGAGGGUUUCUGUCCUCAGAUACAGAGAGCUGUGAAAGCCUGUCUGCAGAUGGACAGGUCCCAAUGAGGAGCAGUGGUUCUCAGUCCUGGUCCUGGGGACUCAAAGAGGGGCACAUUUUUGUUUUUGCCUUAGUACUGCACAGCUGAUUCAAAUGAUCAACUCAUCAUCAAUCUUCAAGUGGUAUUUAUGUAUUCAUAUUGAUGCUAUCCUUGAUAUGAUCCUGCUGUUGUCACAUGCUACACAUGCACAUGCACACCCAUCUAUCCAAUGUUAUCGUGAUUUGAUAUGAGAUAUUAUACUUUAGUAAUCCACCAUGACCUGGUGCUGUAAAAGUCUAAUAAUUACAUUAUCUUCCAUAUUCCUACAGAUACCUUGUAACUGAAGAUUCCUUCAAAAUGAUUUCCUACAGUUACCACUGCCUCGUGGGGGAAUUCAGGUGUGUGAAAGCUACCUGUGUCCUGCAUAACUUCAUGAGGAUAGACAUGAGGACCAGGAGGGGAUCUGCAGCUCGCAGCCGUGUGCCAGAGGAGAAGUCUGCUGCUCUGCAGGAUGUUUCAAGCAUGGGGACCAACAACGCAGAACGGGAGGCAACCCGUCUGGGAGCACUUCCACUCCUACUUCUUCGAAGAGGGUGCUGUUCCCUGGCAACACCAUAGACUACACUAUGCACAACCAAAGGCUAUUUUAAGAGACAUUCACAUUGCAACAACAGUAUUCCUCCAUUUACGUAGCUGUCAACUGCAGUUAUUAAAUUCCCAGUUUCUCUCCCUUUGAUAUCUACUUCUCAGGUGAAGGUGCUGUUUAGGUAAGGGUGUGAUGUCUGUACAAAACCAAAACAGGCUAUUUUAAAUCACCCAUGUUGAAAAAAAGUAAAACAAUUAGACAGCCUAUAACCCACACCUAUAUGCUAUUGUAUCAAUCUGAUUGAUGCAUUGUGUUGUGCAGUAAGCAGGCACAGGUGUAUAACUGGUUCCUUCCACAUUCAAAGAACAGGCAAGAGGACCAACUAUGGAGAAUAAUAAGACACUUCCUUAUUUAUAUAACUACGCUAUAUUGUUUGUCCUCGUGUGUCUGUGCAUGUUUUUCAGUAUAAAGUACUCUGCAGCCACUUAGUGUGGACACCAGGUGAGGCCACACACAUAUUCCUGUUGAACACUGUCUCUUUAACUACCUUAUUUUCUCAAUAACAGUCUCUCCUUCACUUCAUCCCUCUCCCCCUUCUCCCUAAAUCCUCUAGGGUUAUAUCAGCUGUGUUGGUGAACCCCUCCCACAUCUGAACUGGCUACAUAGAGGGCACAGCAUGAUCAGAGGUGAGAGGUCACUUGGUCGGGUCAACAGGAAGUAUUAUUAAAGAGAUGCUUUACAUUGAAAUACAGAUAGAGAUGCAGUCAUCCCAGAGUUAAUGAUCCAAGGUUAGUUUUACCUGUUACCAAGGUCAGUUUUGCAUUUCACCUCCUGAUGAUUAUGAUGCCUGACAGUGUUAGAAUAAAGACAAAACACAAGGCUUAAACAUGCUCUCUCUUUCUCCAUCUGUCUGCAGGUAUGUUUUG